CCAUGAAACUUUUAAGAAGCAGUCCAGCAACCUGAGAGAAGUGAGAAGCACUGGGCUCACUCCAGAGCACUUCACCUGAGGCACUGAUGCCCAGCUGUUUGCUUCAGAAGUGGCUCCAAGGGGCUGGGUGGGAAGCAGGAGGCCAUUAGGACCCAGAAGCAUUUCGAGCAUCCUGCUCUGCCGGCUGCCUCUCACGCUCACUGCAGUGGUUCAGGCUUCAGCAGCCUUGGAGAAGCAUCAGCUGAGAGGAGCUAUCACAUGGGAGCCGGGAGCUGCUCAGCAAAGAUACCUUUAUGAGGAAACGAGUCCAGAAGAGUUGCAGAGUUAGUAAUGCCCAGACCUGGAACCGGAAGCCUAACCUUAUGCUCCUUCUACUCCCUAUUUGGAGAUCAGAAAUCGGGAAAUUCACAUAAGCAGCCCUAAAACUGCGCACUGUUCCAGAACUUACCAGGACCUGGGAAAGGCAGACAGAGGAUUCAGAAUCUCUGGAUAACAGCUCUUGAAAGGGGAGAAGGGUAUGGAGAAUGGAGGAAGGAAAGUGGAAAAGAAAGAGCCAGAGGCCACUCAGGAGGGGGAGUGCUAUUGAGUGGUCAAGGCUUCAUCUCUCUCAUGUCUCCUGCGUCUUCCCAGUUGUCAAGGCCAACCUGGGAGCCACCUCCUGCCGGAACAGGGAUAGGAAUUCCUAAGACUGCAGCUGCCUGGCCUGGUGCUCUGGACACAGAGCAAUCCAACUUUGAAGGCUGGUGAUAAGAGGCUCCAGCAGGAGCUCCACUUACUCACAAUAUUGGAAAGCCUGAGUCUGGGCUCACCAUCCCAGGGUCGUGAACUAGAAUGGGGGAUGGGCCUGUGACAGGAGGUGCCCUGGGUGUCCUCUUUCGGCCCCAUGGAGUCCUCGCCCAUCCCUCAGUCAUCUGGGAACUCUUCCACUUUGGGGAGGAUCCCUCAAACUCCAGGUCCCUCUACUGCCAGUGGGGUCCCAGAGGUGGGACUGAGGGAUGUAGCUUCAGAAUCUGUGGCCCUCUUCUUCAUGCUCCUGCUGGACUUGACUGCUGUGGCUGGCAAUGCUGCCGUGAUGGCCGUUAUCGCCAAGACACCCGCCCUCCGAAAAUUUGUAUUUGUCUUCCACCUCUGCCUGGUGGACCUGCUAGCUGCCCUGACCCUCAUGCCCCUGGCCAUGCUCUCCAGCUCCGCCCUCUUUGACCAUGCCCUCUUUGGGGAGGUGGCCUGCCGCCUCUAUUUGUUCCUGAGUGUAUGCUUUGUCAGCCUGGCCAUCCUCUCUGUGUCCGCCAUCAAUGUGGAGCGCUACUAUUAUGUGGUCCACCCCAUGCGCUAUGAGGUGCGCAUGACACUGGGGCUUGUGGCCUCAGUGUUGGUGGGUGUAUGGGUGAAGGCCCUGGCCAUGGCUUCUGUGCCAGUGUUGGGAAGGGUCUCCUGGGAAGAAGGAGGUCCCAAUGUACCCCCAGGCUGUUCACUCCAAUGGAGCCACAGUGCCUACUGCCAGCUUUUUGUGGUGGUCUUUGCUGUCCUUUACUUCUUGUUACCCCUGCUCCUCAUCCUUGUGGUCUACUGCAGCAUGUUCCGAGUGGCUCGUGUGGCUGCAAUGCAGCAUGGGCCACUGCCCACGUGGAUGGAGACACCCCGGCAACGCUCCGAGUCUCUCAGCAGCCGCUCCACUAUGGUCACCAGCUCGGGGGCACCCCAGACCACUCCACACCGGACGUUUGGGGGAGGGAAAGCAGCAGUGGUCCUCCUGGCUGUGGGGGGUCAGUUCCUGCUCUGUUGGUUGCCCUACUUCUCUUUCCACCUCUACGUUGCCCUGAGUGCUCAGCCUAUUUCAACCGGGCAGGUGGAGAGUGUGGUGACCUGGAUUGGCUACUUUUGCUUCACUUCCAACCCUUUCUUCUAUGGGUGUCUCAACCGGCAGAUCCGGGGGGAGCUCAGCAAGCAGUUUGUCUGCUUCUUCAAGCCAGCUCCAGAGGAGGAGCUAAGGCUGCCUAGCCGGGAGGGCUCCAUUGAGGAGAACUUCCUGCAGUUCCUUCAAGGGACAGGCUGUCCCUCUGAGAACUGGGUUUCCCGGCCCCCACCCAGCCCUAAGCAGGAUCCACCUGCUGUUGACUUCCGAAUCCCAGGCCAGAUAGCUGAAGAGACCUCUGAGUUUCUGGAGCAGCAACUCACUAGUGACAUCAUCAUGUCGGACAACUACCUCCACCCUGCCCCCUCACCCCGGCUGGAGUCAUGAUGGGACGCUGGACACUUGGAGGGAGAUGGGGCUGGAGGCCAGUUAUGAUUGCAGAGACUGCCUUGUGGGACCACCUUUUUCCCAGCUGGGCUGCGACUGGGGUUUCCCCACAGUUUUUGCUUAGUGUUUCCUGGGUCGAAACCAGAGCCAACAGGAGGGAUAUGUGGCAAAAGUCAUGGACUUGGCUGUGAUCUUUGACUACUGGGGGAGGGAACCUGGGUAUGGUGAGACAAUGACGAGAGAAAAAGGUCACAAAGGUGAGGUGAAGCUUCUCAACCAGUGAACUUUCCAUGCCUCAGGAAACAGGGAAACUCUAUAGGUUUAAGAGCUGGAGGAUCAGGGUAGCAGGGAAGGUUGGGAGUUAUUCUGGGGACCACUGAGGAUAUUUUGCCUUUCAAUGUAAUUGUCCAAGGCAGUAAUUUCACCCAAGCAAAGGACUGGCCUCCCUGAUCUCUCUCCUCAUGGCAGUGACCCACCUCCAGCCCCCUGGACAAUCGGGUACAAGAGACUAAGGUUGGGCAUGGGAAGGGUGGGGUUUCCAUGGUCCAUUAAACGCUUUCCUACUCUCAUUCAUCGCUCUCAAAAUUAGCUUCAGUAACAAAGACUUAAAUCUCUUUCUUAUUUGCAGCCCUGGGUUGGAGAGAGGGCACAUGAGUUGGGCUGAGUUAUUUACUGAUUGAGACUGUAGGAACUGUGUUGAUUGGCUUUGGUGAUAGUAUUUGCAACAGAAAGGGAAUAAUUGCAAACUGGACAGGAAUCUGGGACCACCUGUCUAUCUCACUUCCCUCAGUUGAAUCAGGUAACACUAAAGGGUCAUGGCAGGGCCCAAGGGUGGUGUGGUCUAUAUUUGAACAAAUUCUUGUCUUCUGAGCAUCACAGGCAGAAAAUGGCUUGGUGGGAGUGGGGCUGUCUCCCCUUUGAACAGCCAAUAAAUAAUUUUAUGAUAAAAAUUAUACUGAUACCAACAUUGACUCCUUCAGUUCAAUUCAGUACAUAAUAGUUUUAACAUCCAUUAUGUCCUGGGACCCACACAGAGAAUGUGUGCGCCCCUGCCUUCAAGGAGCUAAUAAUCAGAUACUUUGUAUCUUUAUAGAGCAUUUGAAUCUAAUAAAGCAUUAUAAAAUGUUUCUAAAAUAUGCUUGAGAAAUAUGUUAGAGACUAUAUCCACAGUUCUAAUUUCUGAGAGUUCAUUGCAGUAAUACAUAGAGGUUUCCUGCAGAUUGUGGAAAGUGUGGGAGUUGUAAAUGAAAUGAAACUGGGCAAACAUAGAUUUUCCCCUUUUGAACUAGAAAAAUUUGCAGGUUUCUGUCUUCCUACCACUAGACUAUCAUUCUAGUACAGUGCCUAUUACACUGAAGAAAUCCCUUAGGAAAAAAAUGUAUAUAUAGCAAAGGAGUGUCCUUUGUGAUUCAAAAUCUGUUUACCUCUAUUUCCUUUUAAGAUAAAGUCAUAGGAGGAAUCUCCUUUCUAGAUAGGGUAAAAACUUUUCAAUCACUAAUCAUCUAGUAGAUCUGAGGUAUUGCCAGCAGAUGGCAGUGUGAUUCUGGUGGAAAUAGGAAAGGCAUAUGAGGGGGGAGGGAGAAAAGGGAAGGCAUUAAAUAUUGCUUGGCAGCCAUUUUGUUAAUUUAUUUUGGCUUUUCUUUUGACAUUGUCCUCCAACCCUUCCUUCACAUACAUCAAAGAAGAAAAGUUUUAAGUGCAAGGAUCUCUCUAAUUUAGGCUGGAAUUACCUGACACUGUGAACUCACUGACAUUUACUACAGAGUUUGACAUAAAUAGAUUCAUUUGCAAUUUGUUUUUCCCUGUAGGAAUGGAUCAUGAAGGAAAUUAAAGAGUUUCUCUUUUAUUAUGAUGAGAACUUUCCAACAUUUUCUGCUAUGACCAACUUCCAGGAGUUUUCUAGUCACCAGGAUGGCUUGGUAAAAUUCAGUGUGUAAUCCUUAGCUCUGAAAGCUGUUCCUGGGUAAAAUCUGACCUCCCUAAUACACUGAAGAAUCAGCAGGCUGAGGAAACCAUUCUGUCAAUUACUUUUUCUUACAUUCUGGUGAUAUCCAGGUGACUUUCAAUACUAAAUGAAAACCUUAGGCCUUUUGUUGUAUGAUGUCCCCAGAGCAAUAUCUUCUAGGGGGCAAUGUAGAAAAGGGGUUAAUUUGUAGUCAGAUCUACUUACUCACUGUUUGAACUUGGGAAAGCUGCUUAAUUUCUCUGAGCCUAUUUCCUCAUCUGUAAAAAUGGGGAUCAUUAUAACCUACCUCACAGGGUUGUUGUGAGGAUUAAGAGAUGAGACAUGGAAGCGCCUAGCCAUAAUUGGUAAAUAGGUACUCAAUAAAUAUUGGUUUUUCUUCCCUUUCCUCUGGCCCUUUUUCCCCAGAAGUGUUGAUAAUGGAAAAUUAUCACAAAAAGCUCAUUUCAUUCUAACAUCAGUUAGAAGCGACUGGGGACUUUAAAAACUUUUAAGAAUUAGCAUAAGAGUUAUGAUGCAUGAGGCUGUUUGAGGUGGUUCUAAUUUUCUAAUUAAUGAAUCAUCAUUAUAUAGACCUUUCUGUUGGGACCUUGUAUUCUUUUAGAUUCUUUAUUCCCAACUAAUUUUUAAUCACAGGAAAAGAUUUUAGGGGCUGCAAAGAAGUCCCUCUCCCUAGAAUGUACCAUGACAGUACCUGUGGGGCUGUCUGUCGGUAAAGCUAAUUCAGAACCGGCGCCACAGUACUUUCUAAGGUUAUCAGUGAAAAGGUAUCAGUAUGGGGCUUUCACGGAUUUAUUUUCAGGUGACAAUAAAGCCGAGAGGCAAUUUUUACCAGAACUUCCCUUUUGUGUGGUAUCACAACAGAAAAUUUUAGGAGAUUAAGAGGAUGCACUGGUUUGUUUCCGGGUGGGGCUGACUGGACAAACUACACACUUUUCAACUGGCCUUUUGUAAAGCCCACAGCAACUUAGUCGUAGUACCAUAAGGACUAGAAUAUAUUUUAAGAGCAGGAAGCAGUGGGCCAGAAGAGAAGGCUUGUCUUAAGUAGGAUUGGUGUUACAGAUCUCAGAUAUCAGGAAUGGCAGGAGCUUAUGCGGGGCAAUUUGUUCUUACUCGAUAGAUAAGACUGAAGCAACUUAGGCAGAAAAAUGUCCAACACCUGGGCAAGUGCUCUGGGCCGCCAGAACAGAACCUGAGACCAAAGGGGUUUUAUGCCCAGCGAGAAUUUACCAGUAGAAAUGGACAUGUUGGCUGUGGGUUCUUAUUUGAGAAUCCCAACCCCCAGCCUCCAAACCCGCUGUGAGACCUCAGAAGAGCAAAUGAAAAGGAGAACCCGGUUUUUAUACAUUUACCCAACAGGUAAGGGGGGGAUUAAGGUUAGGAGAUGCGCACCGAGCUUCAC